UUUAAAACCCGUAAGCAGGAACUAUCGAAGCUACAAGGAUGUCUGUUGUGGGGUACAAGGGUAGUCAUUCCAGCCACUCUUCGUGUACCCAUCCUGAAGGUGCUUCACGAGGGCCACCCGGGCAUCGUAAGGAUGAAGGCUCUGGCCCGCAGUUACGUUUGGUGGCCCGGCAUGGAUGCCCAAAUCGCCAGCUGGGUAAGCUCAUGCCAACCUUGCCAAGAAACCAGGGCUGCCCCACCAGCUGCCACGCCCACCAAGUGGGAGAGUACUAGUGCCCCUUGGUCUCGCCUGCACAUCGACCUGGCUGGACCGGUGCAUGGCAGGACCUUCUUGGUGGUAGUGGACUCCUACUCCAAAUGGAUAGACUUGGCCCUGCUACCCUCGACUACCACUCAAGCAAUAGUUAAGGCUCUGACCCGCUUAUUCGCUACCCACGGACUCCCUGACACGCUGGUGUCUGACAAUGGCCCGCAGUUCACGUCAUGUGAGUUCAGUAUGUACGUUGCUAACUUGGGCAUCAGACACAUACUUACAGCCCCCUUUCACCCCGCUAGCAACGGGAUGGCU